AUGCCGCAGAUGCAGCCGUACAUCGAUGAGCUCCGGCGUCGCUUUAAAAGCGUGACGGUCCUCCACCAGACAGCCUCGGAUACAUUUCUGCAGGUGGAGCACGUCGUCCCUGAGCGUGGCUACACCGAAGUGCUCUGCGUGGCGUUGGACGCCAAGUUUCCCCGUGUGCCCCCUAUCGUGACGUACUUUGACGGCCGGGCGAUCUCCAUAGCCUCCUCUGACGGCUCCACCAACGGCGGGUGGGAUUCGUCGACGUCAAAGCUGGCCGACGCCGUUGGGAACGCCUUUGCCAACCUGGCAAGCCUGUGGGGGAGCGUGGCGCCCCCGUCCAUGGAGUCGCUUAUCGCUCAGCUGGGCUUGCUCUCGGACUCCAUGCUGCAGGACAUUGUAUCGAAUCCGAACUGCCUAGAGUCUUACGCUUAUCAACUGCCAUUUUUCAAGGCUAUCCGCGACGCUGGUGGGCAAACGAUAGAUGAAAUUGAGCGAGUGGCAAACGAAAACUUGAAGCUGCAGCCUGUGCUUGAUCAGCUGCGGGCUGACGUGGAGGAGCUGCAACGAUCACUUGAGCAAAACGUGCAGUCCGUGCAGAAGGUGUUGCAAUCGACACCUCUGCUGAAUUCCAUUAGCUCACCAGAGAAUCUAGCGAAGGCGCUUGCUGCAGACGUGAAGGCCCUUGACGCACAGGGUGAGGAGAUUGCCAGGAGGUUGUUGCAGGUGGAUUAUGCCACGGACCGGCGUCGCUUUGACGACCUUCUGGAGGAGUACCGACAAAAAGCGAAGGAGCGCCACGUCAUGGAUCUCAAGCGGCGGGCCUAUUGUGCCUCGCUGACAUGA